CCAUUUCAACCGUUCCCCUCUGAUGGAGCCCUCCUUUGCAUUGACGCCACUCGCUUUCCCAUACCCGCAACGCAAUUCAAAGACCCGGUUGUCGACGCAUGGUUGCCAUGCAACCCUAAUACUCUGACUGCCGAGUCACGGCUUUUCUUGUGUGUCUGCUCCACUGCACCGGGCUCCCUCGUUUUAUUCGUUCCUGCUUCCAUCCUCCUGCCAUGACACUCUGCGCGGCCUGUCGCAGCAUCACCGUAUCUGCACUGUCAAGUGAACUGGAACAUGUCCCUCUCUGGUGGUGGGAGUUGAAUAGCCGGGCCAAGCCACGUGGUAUGGUGCACCAUGUUGAUGCUCGACAGCUACCGCUAUCAGCCACUGCUGGUUGCCCAUUGUGCCGUUUGAUAGUAGCCGCAAUCUUGCAAGAUGCCGAGCAAAGGUUCUCAGACCAGGAUCCCCAAAUUCACCGAGAAGCCAGUAGCGCAUUGGCUAGUCGUUUGAGUAGCAGCCCCAUCUACCUCCGACCGAACACUGAUCCACUCAAACAAUCAUUCCCGCAGGAUGACGUGCCAGGUGCACCCUAUGUGAGGGGGUUCAAGGUUUUCGUGCCGACCGUACGCAAUGUCUUGGUUGGCCAGAUCCGAUUGUUUACGCUCAAAGAUAGCCCCGCCGCAAGGAGUUGUGACAUUGUCGGUCGCCCUCCGUUGCCAGCCUCAGACUCGCCAGCCGCCUUUGAACUCAUCCAUCAAUGGCUGACGCGUUGUCUGAGAGACCAUGACGCGUGUAAGGAAUCGUUUUCUGGAGCGGACAUUGAUGAAUCCAAGCCCUCAGUCUUGCCGACAAGAGUGGUUCAUGUUGGAAAUCCCGACCAGGGCCUUCCUCCACGGCUAUGUCUGACUGGGGGAAAGAGAGAUCACUAUGUCGCAUUCUCACAUUGCUGGGGUCGUAAUAAACCGCCUCUUAUGACUACCGCUUCUACCCUCCAGGAACGUAUGGCUGGCAUCCCCUGGAACGAGAUCCCAAAGCUAUAUCAAGAUGCUAUUGUAGCCACCCAUCGUCUCGGUUUCAAGUACAUUUGGAUUGACAGUCUUUGCAUCAUUCAGGACUCAAAGGAAGACUGGCUGAACGAAUCCCGACACAUGGGCACUGUGUACGAAAACGCUCGUCUCACGAUCGCUGCCUCCCAUGCAGCUGACUCCAGCGAAUCCUGUUUUCCCACGCGUCCUAGGAAUCCUGAUGCGGUGGAGUUGCCAUAUUUCACUCAGUCCGGAGACCAUGCAGGCUCCAUGUUUGCCACCUGGAUGCCCGCCGACUACGCAUCCAUUACUCCUGACGGGAGCGUUCUGGACUCUCGAGCAUGGGCAACCCAGGAGUGGCUUCUUUCCCGUCGUAUGAUCUUCUUCACUGCAGCCUCGGUCGUGUGGUCGUGCAAGUCGCUCUGUCAACUUGAAACUGGCGGUUGCUUCCAUUCGACCGCCCGCAAUGCCCGUUGGAAGGCCAUCGUCGAGAAAUAUUCCGCUCGCGCUCUCACUUUGGCCAGCGACCGCCUGAUUGCUCUGGAGGGCCUCCGGACGGAGAUGGGGAAGAAAAGGAAGGGGGACACGUAUUGCUUCGGGUUGUGGAAACAUCAAAUGCCCGAGCAGUUGCUGUGGUACUGCCGUCAGCCUGCAGAAAGACGCAAAAGCCCGCUGGACCUGCCAACAUGGACUUGGGCAAGCACCAUGCACGGCGUACGCUUCAUUGUGAUGAAGCAUCCAAAGAAUGCAUGUGGAGGCAUCAAAUUUGAUGAGCCCAACAAGACACUCAUUGUUCGUGGCGUUCUCCGCCGCACCACCUUGACCCCUUGCGAUCCCAAUAGCUUUCAGCAUAGCGAUGGUUCACUCCCCUUCUUUCCUAAACUGGCAGAAAUGCUUGAACAUGAGAUACCCUCCCAUAUGUUAUUCACUCUUUGCAUCGACAACGAGAUCAUAGGGAAAGCGGUCAUUGACGAAGGGCUGCCGCUUGACGACACUGACAUUUACGCACUUUACCUAGUCAGCGCAAAGAUUCAUAUCCGUCAUCUCACAGGCGGCAAAACCACGUUCCACCAGCAGUGGGUCUUGUUGCUGCGCCGCUUGGAUCAGUUUGCUGAGGUGUACGAGCGGAUAGGUGCGGGACUCCUCGUCAGUGCAACGCCGUUGUUUACGGACCAGUCUCCGACGCAGGUUUACAUACGUUAAUACGUCUCUUCGCCAUUUUGCUCCGCCAUCUCUUUCACCUUCAAAAAGAAUGGCCUGAAAGACUACGAGCUCGCUUACCCAACCAUGUGCGGGAUGCUGCUUUGUCCCCACGCGAGGCUAAUGCGAUCUAUAUCGCCGCUUGGUUUGAUGCGGUCAGCCGUCUCAAACAACGAGAAUCAUUGCUGCAAAACAGGGCUUUUUCAAUCUGGGGUCUUUGUCAAGCGCAAUAAUGGGCUCAUUUCCAGGUG